AUAUAAAAUGGAUGAAAAGUUGCUACCGGAGGAUUUUUAUCAUUAUAUAAGAAUUAUCUGGAGAGAAGAGGGUUCUCAAUUCAGCUGGUUCCCUCUUUCCCAUGCCUGAUGUCCGAGAAGAGAUGGUUGAUCAUUAAAAGUUUUUCUUCUUCAAUUUCAUUAUAAGUAAAUAUGCAGCUACUGUAGAAUUCCCCUUGAGCAACAGUUUUAAAAGAGGAUUAUAGAGAAAGAACUAUAUUCAACUUUCCAAUUACUACCAUGGCCAUAUUCCUAAGCAUGCUGGUUUACAUGGGAGUACUACUCUUUUUCAUUGGAAUUCCUUCUCACAAAUGUAUGACAUUGUCAGGAUACAGAAUGGAGGUGUAUCCAGUUACAUCUUGUCCAAAAAAUGACACUGAGUGGCAGAGAGCUUCUAGAAAGCUUAAUUGUUCUGAGAUCGUUGGGAAACCUAACCAUUAUCACUGCCUCCCAAUCCAUGAUUUAAGCCAGCUUGUACAGUUCUGUUAUAAUAGACUCAGUGGACUUGUUGAAUCUGGACUAUGUGUGAUACUCAGUCAAUCAUCUAUCCUGGAUAUCAAAGAAUGUGGCAUGUUUGCAAGUGGGUGCCCGGAUAAGAAUUAUAUACCUACAAUGAUGUAUCAAUUUCCAGCCUGUUUGGAAAUCAUUGGUAGCUCUGGGUGCUACUCUGCAGAUCCAGCUUGCAGAAAAGUAAAUCCUCCUACACAGACAGAGAGGAUAAUAGAUAUGCUUCAUGUUAUCAUACCAGGGAUUUUCCUUUUAUUAGCUGCUAUUUAUACAUGUAUCACACUCUUCAUUUGUCAGAAACGAACUCCCAAAGACCAAACGAAGAAUCUUCAACAGAACUCUACAAAACACUUGGAUGAAACUGAUGAAUCAAACCAUAUGUCUACUAGUAUUCCUAGAGCAGUCCUUGACAACUCCAUACGGUGGACGAAUUACAGUGCAGAACUUUUUAAUGUCAAAGCAAAUACAAUAAAGGAUCUACUAAAACAUGCUGAGGAUAAUACAUACACAAGAACCUCUGCAGUGACAGAAGCAAUGACUAUUCUUAAGAGACAACAGAUAAUAAUUUUGACUGGAAAAGAGGGUGAAGGAAAAACAAAAACAGCACACCAAGUCAUGUUUGAAAUGUUAGAAAGUCAUACUCCACUGAAGAUUCGAAACAGAGAACAGUGGGACAGGAUUGUGAAUGCUAAUUGUUCCUAUGUGGUGUGUCUGGAUGAUGCUAUAAAUCCAACUUACAUGAAUGAUUCAAAAGAAUUCUUAGAUCAUAUAUAUAGCUGUGUUGUAAAGGGAAAACUUUGUGCAAUUCUUGUUUUUAGAACUAAAAUGUUGGAAGAGUUAAAAGCAAUAUAUCCUAUUUUUGAACUGUUUAAUUCAGAUUACAUCAUAGAUUUGACUGGGAAGAUGAAGUUAAGUGAGAAAGGAGAAAUGUUGAAACAGUAUGAAAAAGGUACAGGAAGAAAGUUGAAAUCAAUCUCAGAUAGAGAGGAAAUACUCAGUACUGACACUUACUUUGGUUUCCCAUUUACCUGCUCCCUUUUCUUUGCAAAAGAUGAUUUUUUCAAUCAAGGUCCAACAUUCUUCAGAUGUACAAGUAGCAUAUUAUAUGCAAGAAUUGAUGGUUUAAAAAAAAUGGAGGCUAACUUAAAGUCAAAAGUUUGUUACUGUGUUCUAUGCUACAUUUUGGUAAAUGGUCCUGUCAACACAAGAAAAAAAUAUGAUUUAAAAGAAAUUGAAAACAUGGUAGGAGUAGCACAUAUAAAUCAAAGUAAUUUUAUUGAGGCUUUAAAGUACAUGAAGGGGUUGUAUUUGAUUAAAACAAGGACAGAUAGAUCAUAUGAUUUUAUUCAUGAAACUGUUCGUGAAACAGUUCUUACCUCAUUUGGUAAAGUUGCACCUGGAAUGAUAAUUCAGAAAUGCCGAAGAGAAACCUUAAAGUCAGUGGUGAGACCUAUGAGCUACAAACAAAGAUCUGGUGAAAUUGUUUUGAAAAUUUCAAAUGAGCAUUAUCAACCCCUUGCAAAGAAAUUGUUGCUAAAUAAUGAAAAUAAUGAUGAAAUUGUUAACAACAUAAUUGUGAAUUCUGCAUCGUAUGAUUUUGAAUUUUUUAAAGAGUUACUGACACACAGUAUUUCUGGUUUGUGCAAUCCAUCACAAGUUUUAAGAUUGCUAUGGGAUAAACUUCUCACAGAAGAAAAAACUGUAUUGUUAGAUUGUAUGUUGAAUAGUUAUGGUCCUCAUGUUGGACUUUUUUCUCCAAAGUAUGACGAAAAAAUACAUUUCAAUAUAUCUUUCAAUGAUAUUGAUAAUUUAAUUGAAAAUGCUCUGCGUUUCCGUAAAAGAGACAAAAUUUUAUCUAUUGUGCAGUAUGUGAGACAACAUGAUAGUCUCCAUGCAGUUGCCUCUUUUACUCACAAACAACACAAAUCUAUGACAUUGUUACAUUGCUGUGUGGUGCAUGGGUGGGAGGAUGUAGUGUAUGAAUUAUUAACUUUUCACGAGGCUACAGUUACGGAAGACUUCUGGUCUAUAUUUCAUUUUGCUGCAUAUGCAGGUCGACAUACUUUGGUUAAGAACUUUCAAAACAGAGGGCUUAUCUAUGACAAAACAGAUGCAGGUUAUUCAUUACUACAAUGUACAUUGCUUGGUCUUCGCCACAGUUCUAAAACUACAAAACCCUUUUUGGAUGUUGAUAAAAAAUAUUGUUUACCAUUUUCUAUUGAGUUUGCUGCUGAAGAUGAUUAUUGUGAGUUGAUAAAAUAUCUACAUACACUGUCCGACAGAAUAGACUGGGUAAAAGAAUUAACUAUGACCCUAGAUCGGGAAAACAACACUGUUCAGUAUUACCUAAGAUUGCAUGGCUAUAAUAAAAUACUGAAGUUGCUUCAGGACUUAAAUAUUGUUAAUGAGACUUAUGCAACAAAUACUGCUUGAUAUAAAAGAUUUGAAUUUUGCUGUGAAGGUUGAUAGUUUCUUGUGAAUUUAUUUUAAAUGAUUUUUUUUUAUUUUUUUGCAAAUUUAAUUUGUAGAUGUGAAUGUAAACUAAUAUUUUUAAC